UACUGCACCGCCGGCGGGGGAACCGGGCGGGGGCCCUUUCAGACCUCGCCGCCCGCGCGCCUCACCGCCGACCAUUCAUUAAACAUUCGCUCCUCUUAACUGUUCGCGUCUAUCUACCGCCAUCAUCUACUUGUGUAAUCAUUUUAAUAUUAUAAGCCUUUAUUCAACUUAAGGCCUUUUAUUCAAAUCAAAUACAGUCCACUCUUAACAUAUGGUCCUUCAACCGGCAAAAGAAAAAAGAAAAAAGGAAAUUCAGUGAAAGAUUUCGUGAAGACGGCCAAAGCGGAGGACAUCGGGACGUUAUUUGUGAGUCUGUUCCAUAUUCUUUACCUCAAAUAUCCGUCCUUUGGCCCUUAAUACAAGACAAAUACUCGUUGUUAUAUUUUUUUUUCUCAAUUACACCUAUUUGUCGCAUAAUCGGCGCGCGCGCAUUCAUUGCCAGUGCAAGGCGACCUUUGGACCCUUCAACUAUUUCAGUAUACCGAGCACAACUUAUUUUUUACAUAACAUAUUUCCUUUUCCUUCAUUAAAAUGAGUGAUGCACGAAGCAAAGAUUUAAUUAAGCUUAGAGGAUCAAUUAAAGGCAAAUUAACAAUUUUUCAUAAUUUCUUAAACACUUUGGAAAGCAUAGUAAAUGUAAAUGAAACUCAAUUUAACGAACUCGACUCGCGUUUAAAUAAAAUUGAUUGUCUACAUAAUGAUUUUGAUAAAUUUCAGACGGAGUUGGAAAUGUUGUCUGACGAUCCCAAUCAAUUAAUGUCAGAACGAGAAGAAUUUGAAAGCAAAUAUUUCGCAUUAGUAUCGACGGCGCGCACAAUAUUGAACAAGUAUCAGCGAGACCGGCAGCGCGCGAUGUCAGUGUCCGAGUCGAGCGAUGGCGGCGUAGACAGAGAAGUGACAGCUUUGGUGAACGUUGUCGCGGGUGACGGGAACCUACACCCCGCGCGACUCUUGCUUGACAACGCGUCCACUGCGCACUUUGUCACGCGCCACCUAUGUGACAAGCUCGGGUUACCGCGGCGUCACGUAAGCUCAUCUGUGACAGGUAUUAAUAAUCAAGUAUCUUUCAGUGCAGAGUCUUGUAACUUAUCCAUCGAGUCACGCUCAGGAGAUUAUAAAGUCAACUUAAAUUGCUACGUUUUACCCCAAAUCACCAACUCGUUGCCUUCUAGUAACGUAGAUAUAAAAUCUAUUAAACUGCCACCUAACAUUCAGUUAGCCGAUCCAUCGUUUUACAUAUCGUCUCCUAUAGAUAUUUUAGUCGGGGCAGACGUUUUCUGGGACGUCAUGUGUUCCAAUUUCAUAAAUUUAGGAAAACAAUGUCCUAAGUUACAAGAAACCCAAUUCGGUUGGUUGGUUUCAGGCACCAUUACAAAACAUAAAACAAUUGACAACAAAAAAUUUGAUCAAUCAGCAUGUCUUUUUUCUGAAAUUAACGACCUCUCACUAACACGAUUUUGGGAUUUGGAAUCAGUACCCUCGAAGUAUACAUUAUCAUUAGAAGAGCAGGCUUGCGAAAAACACUUCGCUGAAAACACUCGGCGCGAAGUUGACGGUCGCUUUAUAGUUACGAUACCAUUAAAGGAGUCUCCGGAAGUUCUAGGGGAUUCGUAUCAAAUAGCAAAAAGCCGUUUAUUAUCAUUGGAACGAAGAUUUCUUCGCGAUUCGGUAUUAAAGGAUAGGUAUUUAGACUUCAUGACGGAAUAUGAACGCUUAGGACAUAUGAGUGAUAUUUCAAAAGUACCAAAACAACAUCAAGUUCAAGGCUAUUCCAAUUAUUUAGUUCAUCACGGUGUUACUCGCGAAGCUAGUACCACUACUAAAUUACGUGUAGUGUUCAACGGGUCAAACCCCACUUCUAAAGGCGGGAAAACAUUUAAUAGCUUACAAAUGGUUGGCCCUGUUGUUCAAGAUGAUUUACUCUCCAUUUUAUUGCGCUUCCGACAACAUAAAUAUGUAGUAUCAGCGGAUAUUGAAAAGAUGUACAGAGCCAUUCUAGUUAAUCCUUCUCAACGAUCAUUACAACAAAUCCUAUUCAGAUAUCAUCCCAGUGAGAAAAUAAGAACAUUUACACUUAAUACGGUAACUUACGGUACCUCAUCUGCACCGUACCUAGCGACAAAAUGUUUAGUUUCGCUGGCAGAACAAUGUUCCGAUCCCGAAACAAAAAGGGCUAUUACUAAAGACUUUUACGUAGACGAUUUUUUAAGUGGUGGAGAUUCUAUAGAAUCGGUCAUUGAGCUCUGCAAAAAUGUCGACAAAACAUUACGGUCAGCGCAAUUUAAGCUACGUAAAUGGCAGUCUAAUAACUUAGAAAUCUUAAAAUCUACUUGCGCUGACAACAUACCAGAACAAUGUUCUACAGAAAAAACAUUAAAUUUAGAUGAUGAUUCAUUACCUAGUAAAACACUUGGUCUUCAUUGGGAUUGUAAACAUGACCACUUAUUGUUUACAAUCAAUUUGGAAAUUGCCACAAAAAAAAUAACGAAGCGCAAAAUUUUAUCUCUUAUUAGUCAGAUAUUCGAUCCUUUAGGUCUUUUAGGCCCAUGUACUCUUCAAGGUAAAAUUCUUAUGCAAAAACUUUGGGUAAAUAAGUACAGUUGGGAUGAGGAAGUCUCAAAAGACAUCCAAAAGGCUUUCUUAGAUUUUACAUCUUCCCUUAUUGCUCUUAAUACGCUACGUAUUCCACGUUGGGUAUGCACCGAUUUCAUAACUUCUUUACAAUUACAUACCUUUUCGGAUGCUUCGGAACGUGCUUACGGUGCAUGUAUUUACGUGAGAGCGGUUAACGCGAGUGGCAAAGCACAAGUCCGUCUUUUAAUAUCAAAGAACAAGGUAUCGCCUUUGAAACCUACUACAAUACCCAGGCUAGAACUUUGUGGUGCAUUAUUAGCCACUCGACUUCACGCCAAAGUGAUGUCGUCGAUAUCGUUUAACGUUGACGACUCAUAUUUUUGGACUGAUUCCACCAUCGUGUUAGCGUGGCUCAAAACGCAAACAAAUCAAUUAAAAAUGUUUGUGCGUACUCGAGUGGGUGAGAUACAAGACAGCACAGCUAAUCACACAUGGGGCUACGUUCCGUCAAAAGAAAACCCUGCCGACUUAGUUUCUCGCGGUAUUAUGGCAGAAAGCAUUUCCUCUUGCUCCACAUGGUGGAGUGGUCCAGACUUUUUAAAAUCUUCAAGCAUCAAAAUUCCUAACAUUCCUAACACGCAUUCCAAUUAUCAAUCAGAAAUCAUCUUUCACACUACAUGUAUACAAACAGACAUAGACACAAACACAAUACAAGAAUUCAUUAAUAAAAAAUCUAGUUUCACACAUUUAAUAAGAUCAAUGUCUUACAUAAAAAGAUUUAUAAACAAUUGUAAAAAUCCUAAGAAUAAAGUAACAGGAUCGUUAUCAUUAAUGGAGUUGCAAAAUUCAGAAAAUCAAAUCUUGCAAUUAGUUCAACAAAAAAUGUUUCCAGAGGAGUACACAUUGCUCAAAAGGGGCAAGCCUCUUCCAAAGAAUAAUAGAUUAAACUCGCUCGUUCCUUUCAUGCAUUCUGACAAUCUUAUUAGAGUGGGUGGCCGUUUGAACAAUUCAUGUUACACCUUUGAUGUAAAACACCCUAUAUUAUUAUGUAGCAAAUUUCAUUUGACGCAAAUUAUUUUUCACAACCUACACGUAAAGUUGAUGCAUGCUGGGCCGCAGUUGCUCUUAUCUUCUGUAAGGCAAAAAUACUGGCCGUUGGGGGGGAAGAACCUCGCUAGACGCGUGGUGCAUGCCUGUGUUCGUUGUUUUAGAUUUAAGGCUAAGCCAGCACAACCUAUCAUGGGCGACUUACCCAGUGAUAGAACUCAGUUAGAGUUUCCGUUUUUAAACACAGGCAUUCAAAUCAAAUACAGUCCACUCUUAACAGCGAUAAAAACUAUUUUUACCCCUGACAGUAAGAUAGCACAAAAACUGCGAUCGCCCAAAGACCGUAUUCCGUUUGAAACACCCGGUGUCUACAAAAUCAACUGCAGCUGCGGCAGCUCGUAUAUAGGACAAACCAAGCGCACCAUCACCAGUCGCAUAAAGGAACAUAUACGAGCUGUUAAAAACAACGAUCCUCAGAAGUCGGCUAUAGCUGAACACCUUUUGGACCCCUCCACCAAUCACUGGAUUGAACUUCAUAGUCCCCAGGUACUAUCGACGGAACGCCACUACAUACCAAGAUUGGUAAGAGAAGCGAUUGAAAUUGCUAAAUGCAAAAACUUCAAUCGCGAAGAUGGGUUUAAAUUGUCGAGUGCCUGGAAUCCAGUGAUCCAGUAUUACAACAAGACUGGACAGCAACCGACUUCGAGUACGCGCACAAAUGUAGACACAGCUCACGCAUUCAGCUUCCUCAUGCAUUCAGCUUUCAUCGACGAUGUAGCUACCGAUUUCUGUUUCUGCGAUUAA